UAGUGUAAGUACAGUUGAGUGCAGUCAAGAACGAACCUACGUACGAGCGAAUAGGUUCAGCGAUCACGAGUACUAUUUCUUCAGUGACGUGAUUGAGAAACAAACUGAAAAGUGGUAACAGAUCUACAUAUUGCACGUGAUCGUAUACAUUUUCGGAAAGAGACAAUAGAACAAAAACCAGGGAUUCAAUACAGAAUAUUUUUUAUUUCAUUUAUACAAUCAAGUAUUAUAAGUAUACAUCAAACAUGUCUCACGAGAACAAUGACGUACUCCGAUGUCCUUUCAACAAUGGACAUGCAAUAUCCAGAACGAGAUUUCAGCGGCAUCUUGUAAAAUGCGAAAAAAAUUACCCGCCAGAUUAUAAAGUCAUCUGUCCAUACGAUGCAACCCACCGAAUCGGCAAAGACAAGAUUGUGGAGCAUAUUAAUACAUGCCCUGUGAGAAAAGUUCUUGAGGGUAGUUACCUGCGAUGUACUGAAUCAUCAAGUGCUGAUGCAGUGACAUCAGUAGAAUCUGAUUCUGUGAGUGAGAUUGAUCGCAAAGAUCAUUGGUAUAGUGAUGUAGAAGACGUAGUGGCAAAAUCACUUAGAAAUUCGUUCAGACAUUCGGAGCCAGUGAAUCAAAUCAAUGGAUCUGACACUGACGAUCUGGAAUCCCAAGUCAGUGCAAUGGGUGGUAUUGGACGAGGUACCAUAAGAUCUAAUUACAAUCAAUAUUUUGAUACUGAAAGCGAUGCGGAACCAAUGGUUAAUUCAAUGGCUGUUGGUCGAGGUAGAGUGAUAGCAAACACUAUUAAGUAUCACAAUAGAGUGGGUUUGAGAGGCAGAAAAAUUUAGAUCGUGGUAUCCUAUUUAACAUAUGUGGUUGAUUAAGAAGUUAAGAAAUAGUAGGAUACACAGUAUCUUAUAAAAAAUGUAUUUUAAUUUUUGACAUGACAAAAUUAAGAUUUCACUUUUUCUUUCAAUUGUAUUCGUGAAUUAUACACUAGCAUAGCAUAAAUGAUUUAUUAUUACUAUUAUUAUUAUAUUAUUAUGAGUUUAUUGGGUUUUAUAUAUAUGUAUAUUAAUAGUAACAAUUUUUUUUGUUCUUCAUCUGAAACGUUUUGCUUCACAUAAAUUUUGUUUAUUUCUAUCCUUUACAUCAAUUGUAAUAUUUACAAGUAUUAUUUCUUUAUUAAGUAAAUAUCCGAUGAAUAGAGAGAGGUUUUACAUUGAUGUAUAUAUAGGAGACAUGUUAAAUGUCUGUCGGAGCGGAUAAAUUUAUUUCUGAAUCUAUGUACAAAUAGUGUAUUCUUUAUUUUUAUUAAUACAUUAAUAAAUACUCCAACAUGCCAUUCAAUUUUUAUUUUUACUCCAAUAAUUUCGUAAAGUAUACCAAAAAGAUUACUAUCUAAUAUAAUUUUAUAUACAAUAUUAAAGUUUCCUGAAUUUUGUUAAGUCUUCUUCUAUUUUUCUGAACUGUGAUAUAUUGCACGAAAGUAUAACGAAAGUAUACAAAUGAUAUAUACAUAUACAUUAGUAUUAUCAUUGAACAAUAAUCAUAUUAAAUCCAAUUUCCUAGGAAUUAAAGACUAAAGUAUUUUAGUGUUCAAAUCAUAUGUAAUACCGAAUUUUUGUAUGUUGCAUAUUUGACAUGUGAAUGAGAUAUUAUCGAUAAGAACUAUAAAUGAUUCAAACUGCGUAUAUAAUAAAUUUAUAUAAUAUCGUAAUAUAUACAUUACGAUACUUAUAUAUAUAUGUGUGUGUAUAUGAAUUGUGAAAUACAAAGCUUAUUUUUACAGU